AUGGAGCUGGCACCUUUAAAGCUCGUCUCUGCCAUGAAAGGUAGCCGUGAGAAACUAGGGGCAGCUCAGAGAAAGCUGAAGGUAACAUGGGCUCCCGAUGUUUAUGACCCACCUCCGACAUCAGUGUCUCAUGUCGUGAGAAGGGGCACGAAGCAGCAAAAGCUGUCCAGGAAAGACAAGAGAGGCCACAAGGGAAAGGACUUCUCACGAGGCAGGGGGAGCAAGGACUCUUCGAAUGGGGCUGCUGGGAAGGAUAAGAAGAAAAAGAAGAAGAAGCAAUUUGGCCAAACCCCUUCAAGCUCCAGUACUAGCUAUAUAUUGCUAGAUGCUAGUAGUAGUGUAUUGGAUCCCAAGCCAGAUCAGGUGGAGAACUUGGAUAUGGGCAUUCUGGACACCUCCUGUGGGAGCAGCUUCUUGAAAAUAUCUUUGACUAAGCCAAAUUACCCAGUUGCAGAAGCACUGAGACAGCCCUCUCCAACCAGUACCUAG